AUGGAGAAAUAUGGAUUAUUGCCCAAACCAGAUGCGACGUGGCAUAACACUGCCGUUGGAAAGUUAAAUGUCCAAGCAUCGAAUCUAGAGCGUCAAUCGUUGAUCGCUUUACGGAAACUGAUUGAGUCGUCUGCUGAAGUUCUUUCUCUUUGGUCUACUGCAAACUCCUUUGAUCUCACUGCAAUUUCUGCAAGUAUGGAUCCUUCAAUUCUACCUGCGCUAGCUGGUCGAUCUUUCUGCCACUUAGCUUGCGAUGGUCAACACCUCAGCGGUGAUCUCAUUAGGGCUAUGAUCAAGUAUUUUCUGGGAGAUGAAGCUGGUACUAAGGAUCUUUCGGAAAAAUUACGAGCGCUGUGUCCAAAUUUGUACUCAAAGCAACUGGCUCUGAUGGCAUACCGCCAUGGACGAGCUGGAGAGGACCGAGAGGUGCAGGCUGCGGAAAAGCGAAGAGCAGAAAGCUAUAAUCAGUCUAUCGGGAAGGUUUCCUUACCAGUUAUUUGCCGGUCUCUUGCUGACUUGGGAGCUUUCGAACACCUAGCUAAUCUUUGUUUGCUCAAAGCUAAACGAGACGAUCCAAAGCAACUGGCUCUGAUGGCAUACCGC